CGCCUUGCUCCCAGAGUCCGACAACAUUUUGGCUCACACUUAUGUUGAAACUGAGUUUGAGAUAAUAACUUUCACUCUCACAACAUCUGUCUGUACAUCAGUGUGCAUGUGUCAGCAGUGAUUAGCUGCUACAUCAAACCAUGCAGCUGUCUCCAACUCCGCAAACCCUGAGAAUAUGCAAUGCUUAACGGUGACCAUUCUACGAGGAAAGGACGGCUUUGGCUUUACCAUCUGCUCUGACUCGCCUGUUCGUAUACAAGCAGUCGAUCCAGGUGGUCCAGGGGAUCAGGCCGGUUUGCAGCAGUUGGACUCUGUGUUGCAGUUAAACGGGCAACCUGUCAAACACUGGAAGUGUGCAGAUCUUGCAAAUGCUAUUAGAAAUAGUCUUAGUGAGAUCACAGUGGUAGUUUGGCGUACAGGACCCUCUGUUAAAACCAACUUUGAGGGGUUGAUCCAUCAUCCAUCUUACAAGUCCUCUAACUAUGACACUCCAGUUUCCCCAGCUAAAGCCAAGAGCAGGGACAAAACGCCACCGCUUCCGCCUCUGCCCGCACACCACCACACCAGCCGUAGGAUUGUAGUUAACGGCUCAGAGGGAGUGGGUGGUGGAGGGAGUGGAGCGGGAAUCCUGUGGGGAGAACGGAGGACUGCAGUAGACGGCAAGACUAGCACUCAGACGCUUAGAGGGACGCGUGUGAAAGCAUCAAACGGGGACAAUUAUAUCAUCCUGUCUCCUAUAAACCCUGGAAGCCAGGUAUCGGGCUCUGUCUAUGGAGACAACCACAGAACAUUAAGUGGCCAGAUGUUCCCCACACCUCAGGCGUCUGUUCCUCCCCCUCCGGCUGCUAGUGCCCAGUCAGCCCCUGGACUGGCAAGCAGAACAUGUUUUCUGCCUCGCUCUGGCAAAAGCAAUUCCAAAACACAGCACAGCAGAAACUACCUACAGAACUCAAACUUUGCCAACUACCAGAACUGCACAAUUGUGAGAUCACACGUGCCUCAUUCCAACUAUGGUACCUACGUUAAAAUGACACCCAAGAUCCUUAUCUUCCCCAUCUUUGUGCAGCCUGUAGAUCUGUGUAGCCCAAACAGAACACUGAUGAUCUCUGAAGAAAUGAUUCUAUAUGAGACCAAACAUUUUUCUAUAAAGGUAACAAUCUUUAUAUACUCAGAUCUGAUGUUGGUGACCAGAGAGGAUAAACUGGGACAAUGUAACGUCCUGCAAAACCCACUGUACCUCAGACAGCUGCAGCUGCAGGAUGAUCACAGUGAAGAUCUGCGAUUUUACUUGAUCCACAUGACUGAGAAAUGUGAUUGUCUUCUGGGUCUGGAAGCAAAUUCUCUGGAGCAAAAAGCAAGAGUGUGUCAGUGUUUGAGCGAGAACAUCAAAAAACAGCUACAGCUGCACGGGAGACAGACUUUCUGCCCAUCUCAGCAG